AAGUUUUAAGACCACUCAGGUCUCGUACGAUCUCGCGGUAUUUCCCUGUGCUACAGAUGCCCUUGUUAGAUUCAAGAUGGGUUACUGGGAUCUCGAAGAAGGGAGAGACUGCGUAGGGAAAACAUGGAUCACCACAAAGUUAGGCACAGCGCUGGGGCUUGUGGGCUCCGCCUACCACAUUGUCGCGUUCCAGCCUGACUCCGCCCUCCAGGCUGUACAGAGAGCCACUGCAGGCACAGUCACCAUGGCCAGUCUGGGGGCGAUUUUUGGGAUGGCCACCUGUCUGAGUGCACAGGCCCGUGACGCCCCCGAUGACCCCCUCAACUACUUCAUCGGCGGCUGCGCCUCGGGAGUCUUCCUUGGAGCCCGCAGUCACAGCGCCAUGACUGGUUUCGGCGCAUGCAUGGGCCUCGGGACGGUCGCCAUGUUCACCAAGGUGGGCAAGAUGGAGGGGUGGAACAUCUUCAGUCCGCCCAAAAUGUGACCCGCCUGGACACAUCCCGCCCCGCCCCGGUGUGAUGUCAUGUACAUUUCUUCUCUUUUUUGUCCUGAAUAAAUGUAAUUAUUUUUUUCCUCUGUUCAAAGAUGGUGUUGAGCAUCUGGUUAUUAUUAUGAUUGUCUGAACUGUGACCGGUCAUCACCAAAGAAAAGAGAAAUUACACUGCAAAAUGGUUUCCAUUUGGUUUCAUAUUUUGGAUGGGAUUGAUUUAGUCAGAAGACCGGCUUACUUUCCUUGUUGAAAGCUUGCCUCUUGAUAACUUUUAGGUAAUUGAAAAGAGAGCAUACAGUUUGUGUUUACCUGAAACCAGAGAAAAUUAUUUGAGUGCUGAACUCCUAUUUAAUUAUUUCAGGUUAAUCAGGUUUGUUCUUCCCAUCAAUAAGUGCUGCAGUUUGACAACCUGCCUGAUGGGGGCGAUGUUUUACCACACUGUGAUCGACGCGCAAGACCUGGCACAAACAAGCAGGCCGUUGGCAGGAUCACACGGAGGAAAUGGUGGAGCUAAUUACAGGUGAAGACAGGAAAUGGUCUGUUUGCAGAAAUGUCACGCAGCUGCACAUGCUAGCGUCCAUGUGGAAACAUGUUUAGAGGAAUGUAGCCGUUCCAACACUUUAAUCU